AUGCCGUCGCACUGGGUCGACAAGGACCUCCUUCCCUGUGUCACCGCCUCCGUCUGCGACAUCUCCUCGCAGCACGACAGGGACAACCUCGUCGCUGUCGUGCGCGACCUCUUCCACAACCAGCUCCACAUCCUCGUCAACAACGUCGGCCAAUCCCUCCACAAGCCCAACGCGGACACCACAUCCGACGACUACUCCCGCCUCAUGGCCACCAAUCUACUUGCUCACCUUGUGCACAUGUCCUCCGUCGCCUCCUUCAUCGCGUACCUGGCAUUGUCCCUCUACUCGCUCACCAAGGGUGGCCUGAUCCCGCUCACCAAGUGCCUUGUCGCCAAGUGGGUGCCGCACCUCGCCCCCCACCUCCAUCGCCCAGCCCCGAAGCGGACGAUGGCGACAUAG